AUGAGCAGCAACGGAGGAGGAGAAGCAGUAACAGCAGCAGGAGGAGGAGUUAUGGAGAAGAGGCCAAAGACCAAGAUUGUUUGUACUCUGGGUCCCGCAUCAAGAUCUGUCCCUAUGAUCGAAAAGCUCUUGAGGGCUGGCAUGAACGUUGCUCGCUUCAACUUCUCUCAUGGAUCUCAUGAGUAUCAUCAAGAAACCCUCGAUAAUCUCAAGGCCGCCAUGGUCAAUACCGGCAUUCUCUGUGCUGUAAUGCUUGACACCAAGGGGCCAGAGAUUCGUACUGGGUUCCUGAAGGAUGGGAAACCCAUCCAGCUCAAACAGGGUCAAGAAAUCACCAUAUCUACUGACUAUAGCUUAAAGGGUGAUGAGAAUAUGAUUUGCAUGAGCUAUAAGAAGUUGGCUGAGGAUGUAAAACCUGGAAUGGUGAUACUUUGUGCAGAUGGCACGAUAUCAUUUACAGUAUUAUCCUGUGACACAAAAGCUGGUUUGGUUCAAUGUCGCUGUGAGAAUUCUGCAGUUCUUGGUGAGAGGAAAAAUGUCAAUCUACCAGGAGUUAUAGUGGAUCUUCCAACCUUGACAGAGAAGGACAAGGAAGAUAUUUUGGGUUGGGGAGUUCCCAAUAAAAUUGACAUGAUAGCUUUAUCUUUUGUUCGAAAAGGCUCAGACCUUGUAGGUGUCCGGAAGUUGCUUGGAGAGCAUUCUAAGAACAUCCUUCUCAUGUCAAAGGUUGAAAAUCAAGAAGGAGUGGCAAAUUUUGAUGAUAUUUUAGCAAAUUCAGAUGCAUUUAUGGUUGCGCGUGGUGACCUUGGAAUGGAAAUUCCAAUUGAAAAAAUUUUCCUUGCACAGAAAGUGAUGAUCUACAAGUGCAACAUCCAAGGAAAACCUGUUGUCACUGCAACACAAAUGUUGGAGUCCAUGAUCAAGUCCCCCCGACCAACUAGAGCAGAAGCCACUGAUGUUGCCAAUGCAGUUCUUGAUGGGACCGACUGUGUGAUGCUGAGUGGUGAAACAGCAGCUGGAGCUUAUCCAGAACUUGCUGUUCGGACCAUGGCCAAAAUAUGUGUAGAAGCUGAAAGCACGCUUAAUUAUGGAGAUGUUUUUAAAAGGACUAUGGAACACUCACCUGUGCCCAUGAGCCCAUUAGAGAGUCUGGCCUCAUCUGCUGUUAGAACAGCCAAUUCAGUAAAAGCAUCUCUUAUAUUGGUUUUAACCAGGGGAGGAAGUACUGCAAAACUGGUGGCUAAAUACAGACCAGGCAUGCCCAUUUUGUCUGUGGUUGUCCCUGAGAUUCAGACCGAUUCCUUUGAUUGGUCAUGCAGUGAUGAAGCUCCUGCAAGGCAUAGCCUUAUAUUCCGCGGGUUGGUACCGGUUUUAUAUGCAGGAUCUGCUAAAGCCUCUAAUGCAGAGACAACAGAAGAAGCUUUGGAUUUUUCGCUUGAACAUGCCAAGGGGAAGGGACUGUGCCGGACCGGGGAUCCUGUGGUGGCUCUGCACCGGGUUGGAGCUGCAUCUGUGAUCAAGAUCAUAACUGCGAAGUGA